AUGAGAAUGAGAAGAACAAUACUAGUAUUUACUGUUAUAUUAAUACCUCUUACUUUUUGUUUUAAAAAUUUUUUAAUGAAGCGUUCUAUUAAUAUAGUAUCCAAAAGAGGAAAGUCAAAGAAUAGAUUUUCCCAAAAGGUUUAUGAAUCCAAAAAUAUAGAUUUGGAAAAUGAUAUAAAAGAAAAUGACCUUAUUCCUAACGUGAAAGUUAUGAUUGACGUAAGAAAUAUGAACAACAUAUCCGAUACUGAUGGGAGCCCAAACGAUUUUACCUCAAUAGAUACACAUGAAUUAUUUAAUAACAAAAAGAUUUUAUUAAUCAGUUUACCAGGGGCAUUUACGCCUACUUGUAGUACAAAAAUGAUACCAGGAUAUGAAGAAGAAUAUGAUUAUUUUAUAAAAGAGAAUAAUUUUGAUGACAUUUAUUGUAUUACUAAUAAUGAUAUAUAUGUAUUAAAGAGUUGGUUUAAAAGUAUGGAUAUAAAAAAAAUAAAAUAUAUAAGUGAUGGUAAUAGUUCAUUUACAGAAAGUAUGAAUAUGUUAGUAGACAAAUCUAAUUUUUUUAUGGGAAUGAGACCUUGGAGAUUUGUUGCUAUUGUUGAAAAUAAUAUUUUGAUUAAAAUGUUUCAAGAAAAAGAUAAACAACAUAAUAUUCAAACAGACCCAUAUGAUAUAUCAACUGUCAAUAAUGUGAAAGAGUUUUUAAAAAAUAAUCAGUUAUAA